CCACGCACACUGCCGCUCCCGCCGCUCCUACUCUGCUCUGUCUCUCUCUCAUGGCGGACUCCUCGAGCCGCCCCGCGAAACCCUAAUGGAUACCCGGCGCCGCCACCACGCCCCCACGCCGCAGCGAGCUCCGUCGGAAGCUCGUGCAGGAUAACGCCAGCUCUUGCCGAUCCUGGGUGAAAAGUGGGAAGGUCCUCGCCUCGGCGGGGGGUCGCCCGCCAUGGGGAGCGAUCUGAAGGAGAUGAAGUACAGGCGAAUGAUUGUGGCGGAGGAGCGCACGCAAUGCAGCGAGCCGAGGGGCGCCGACUGGGCCGCGCUGCAGCAGGACCCCGUGGAGCUGCUGCGAAAGCUGGACGAGCUGAGGGACCAGAUCACGCGGUCCUGCCAUGUCGUCGGGCAGCCGCGGGAGCACCGCAAGGUGAGCCGCCGCGCGGUCUCCAUGCUCCCCGAGUCCCCUGAGCCUCCACCUCUGCCGGGGUACCACCGCUCCCGCUAUGGUGGACGGUAUGGGCAUGGCUUGCCGCCGCCGAGCCCGUACUCUCCUCUGCGUCCUGAGCAUGGGGAGGGGUAUGUGAGACAGUCGAGUGGGCAGUACCGCCAGUUCCCUGGGAGUCAGUGGCAGAACGGUGGGAUUGGGCCUGGGAGUUACCAUCAUUAUGCAUGCGCCUGUCCGCACUGCCUGCAUGGGCAGAGGGCUGCACCGCAAGAGGAGAACAUUCCAAUGGCGAGGUACUUUGCUGGGCAACAUGAAUCCUACCGGUUUGAGAGGUCUCCAUCUGUUUCAUCAGAUUAUGAUCGGAGGUCUGUGGCAUCGUCACUGUACUCGCAUCGGUCAGUAUCAAAGAGGAGGGUGGAGUACUUCAGGAAGAAGGCAGAACAUAUCUGCCGUCCAGUGGAUGGUGCUGCACCCUUUGUUGUGUGCAGUUCUUGUUAUCAUUUACUGCAGAUGCCUAUGGAAAAAUGCAUAGGGAGGAGGCAAAAUCAGCUGCAGUGCGGGUCUUGUUGUCAGAUGGUUAGUUUGAAGCAUGAGGAAGAAAAGGCCAUUCCCUUUACACCAUCAGCAUCCUUAUAUGUGCCUGAAAUGGAGCAAAGCACAAGUGAUCAGAUGAAACGAGAUUCUGCCCAUCAGCACCACGAAAAUUUCAAUUCUGUGUUCUAUAACUCAAACGAGCAUAGCAGCAUGCAAAUCAAUAUAGAUUUUGCCGACGAUAAUUCACCUUCUUCUACCACUAGUCGUGACAGGACUGACAAAGAAUGUGGGUCAAGCAGGGGAAUUCAGUCAAAAGCAGAUGAUCUAUCUUUCUCUCCAAGCAGGUCUGUAGAUGUUGCGAGCCCAAAGGAUAUAUUGUGCGAAAGAGAUGCAGACUGUAAGGUGGAGCCUUCAGUAGAUGGUCCAGUUAGCCCACACUCUCCAGUUUUAGAAGACAAGCUUGUCGAUCCAUUGUGCACCCAAGAAAAAGAUAACAAUGGGGAGGACAAACGCAAGACUUAUAGACCCGACCUAACUUCCAAAGGUGAAUCCGAUGUUAAUGAUGAUGAUGAGAGUGUUACUACAGGAUGCAAAAAAAAGGGCAGUGAAGAUGAUAAAGACGCCACUGAAGAUGAAAGCUCAUGCAAAAAUUAUGACCAGAAGAGCAAGGAAGAUAACUGUUGCGACCUUGAAGAUGGUAGCAAAAUGCACAAGCAAGAUAGUGGGAAAGAUGACACUGGAAGCCUCGAAGAUGGGAGUGAAAAGUAUGAGCGGACAAACAAGAAAGAUGAUAGCGGGAGCCCUGAAGGUGAAAACAUGAGCAAGAAAUAUGAGAAAAAGAACAAAGGAGAUGAAAAACGUGUCCUUGGAGAUGAAAGCAUUAGCAACUACAAUGAAAGCAACAAAGAAGAUGUCAAUAGUGCCCUCGAAUCUGCAAGCAGAAGUGAGACAUGUGAAGAAUUAAAAACGGAUGAUGAUGGAAAAUUGCAGCAGCCAUUUAUUGAAGAUGCCAAUUCCCUAGAAGAGAGUGCACCAACAGUUAAUGGGCGCACAAACUCUGGGUUUUCUCGUGGUUCCUCUGAGGCUGGGUUAGAUGAAGAUCAGUCCUCAACUGGUAAGAGUGGGGAUUCUUCAUUUUUUGCUGGUUUCUUGAAGAAGGGCUUCAAGGACCUUUCUUUGUUUAAUCAGUCCAUGGACAAUGUUAAGGUUUCAAUUAAUGGUCAUCCGAUCUCUGAAAGAGCACUUAGGAAGGCAGAGAAGAAAGCGGGUCCUGUUGAGCCUGGUUCAUAUUGGUAUGAUCACCGUGCUGGUUUUUGGGGUGUCAUGGGGCGAGAAUGUAUUGGCAUUAUCCCUCCAUUUAUUAGAGAAUUCAAUUAUCCGAUGGCCAGAAAUUGUGCCGGUGGGAACACUGGUAUUUUUGUCAAUGGCAGAGAACUUCAUCAGAGAGAUUUAGAUUUGCUUGUAGGAAGAGGGCUUCCACGUAUAUCUGGAAAAUCAUAUUCUGUUGAGAUAUCUGGAAAUAUUACUGAUGAAGCAACUGGCAAGAAGCUACGUAGUCUUGGAAAACUUGCUCCCACGAUUGAGAAGUUGAAGCGUGGUUUUGGCAUGCAUGUCCCUGAAGAGUUUAGGUAGCUGCCUUCACUACAGGGUCUUUGCUUUGCCAAUAAUUCUCCCCUCAAAGCUGUCCAUUGGGAGGCCAAAUCAGUAAUUUCUACGGAUUGUGAUAUGAUUUCUGCGAACUGUUGGACUGGAGCCUUUUAAGUAGUAAGUACUUCAAGCCUUGGUGCACAGCAAACGGUGGUACUCAAAAAGCCGAGAUGACACGAUUUUAUACUUUUAACUGUCAAUAAACUUCCUCCUGCUAAUUUCAUUCCUUUACUGGAAGUAAUGUUUGCAAAUGACUUAGUCUAGCAAGCGUCUCUAAUCUUACUGCUCUGCCUGUACAUGGUAUCCCAUAUCUGUGUUAUCACCUCGUCGAAACAUUGCCCCACCACAGGCCCAGAAGUAUUAGAUGUACGAGCAAUUAUCGGCUUGUAAUAUAUUGGUAGAGUUGUACCUUCCCAAGCAUAUAUAUAUGUAAAUAUUUACUCUUGAUUCUUGAA